AAAAAGAAGACCAAGUAAACUAAUAUUAUAAAGUCCCCAACGGUCAGAUGGAAUUCUAAAAAGGCCCACUAACGUUCACUCCCUCUUUGUCUCUCUGCCCACUGACCGUUACUUAGAUCUCCCUCCAGUCCUUCCCUCUCUCUCUCUCUCCUGAAACCUUUCUCCAUUUCUGCCUCCUCCUCUCUCUCUCUUUCUAAUUCUAGCACUCUCUCAAAUCCCAAGUGUUUCUCUCUCUCUUUAAUUCUCUAUGGAGCCAGCAAAAAUCGAUUGGAAGAGAAUAGACUCCAGAUUUGUUGAGGACUGUGUUUAUGAGCACAUCAAUGCACCCAAAUGGGUUGAUUUUUUGGCCGUUGAAGACUCCAUUGACGAUGAAGCCUGGUUCUGCAGACCUGAUUGUAAGCAUCCAAAGACAGCUGAGGAUUUCCUUAAAACGACUCCACCUUCAAAGCUUGCACGAUCAGCUAAUGGCGAUGGAAGUGGAAGCCUUCCACUUCGCGAAUGGAAUCAAGGAGAUGCAAAACUGAAGAGAAGAGGACAAAUUCAAUCUUCAAAUUUUUCAAAGAUUGAUCCUACAUUCAACGAAGAUGGUGAAAACCAGAACCCGAAUUUAUCAACUCCUCCAAAUCACCAAGCCAAGUCUCUGAAAGCCGCAAUCAAGUCAAGCAGUGAAAAGAAGAAACCAAUAGAUGAUAUCUCCCAGAGUGAUGAGAUGCCGCGGCUGAAAAGUACUUUGUCAGCUAGGAAUUUGUUUGCUGGCAGGGAUAUACUAAAUCAUAUAACUGAAUUUUGCAAUGAAUUGAAGAAAUUGACGACCAGAGCAAGGGAGAGAGAAAAUGAGGAAAAGUUAAGUGAGAAGAAGAGUCAAGAGGCUGCAGUAGUGAAGGAGAGUUCUGGCCAAGUGUUAGGUGAGCUGGACGUGAAAGAGAAAGAGAGGAAGCCCCUAUUUGAAUUGGGUAAAGAGAAACUUGAAGGAAUUGAAAAUGGAAGUGCUAAGGAGAAAGAAAGGAGGAAGAAAAAACAUGAUGAGGCAGAGAACAUACCCGUCUCUCUAAACUUGGAGAAUGUAAAGCACAAAGGAGAAGAACGGGUGCUGCAAAUACGGACCAAUCCACCCUCCCCUCAGUGCUUUUCUGCCCCUCAUGCGCCCAUGAAAACCACCCCUUCUAAGGCUUCCAGAUCCAGACUUAUGGAGAGGGGGAUCCUUCAAGAACUGAAGCAAAACAAGGAGAUGAAAAAAGAUGAUCCAGCAGACAAACCUGGCAGUGUUCCUACUAAUCAUAUUGAUGGAAGACAAGCGAGAGCAUUGGAUGUAUUUUGGUUCCUGAAGCCUUGCACACUGUCUGAGUGAACACUUCGAUAUCAAACAAGAAACUCAAAUACAUUCUUUCAUUCUUUCCGUAUACCUUGAAGCUUCUAUGUUCUGUUUACUUCGUUGAUUAUUCAAGUGUCAGCUCCGUAGCUCUUAGUUAUUAGUUCCCUGAUUCAUUGAUUCUUGAUAAAACAAAGUGUAAUUAAAGCAUUUUUUUAAUAAUUGUACUGAAAAUCCAUUUUCAGUGAAUAAAGAUGUUAUACUCCUCAA